AAUGCGCUCUUUCUUUUUUGUGUCAUUCACGAUUCAAGAAAGUGUUUUCUGUCGUUGUUCUUCAAAUGCUUCAAGAAAGAACCAAACCCAUGGAAAAGAUUGCUCGAUUUCGUCCCCCCUCUGACACUGAUCUGAUAAUGCAACUGUUGAAAUUUGUGGCUGGAAAAUGCUUACCAACUGAAGGAUUGAUUGGCUUUGCAGAUAUUUACAGCAAUGAGCCAUGGCAAUUAAUUGGAGACCUGAGUUCCAAGAAAACCCAUUACUUCCUCACCCAAUUGAAGAAGAAGAAGCCCACUGAUGCCAGAUUCAACAGAACUACUGGUAAUGGGACUUGGACACAGCAGAAUAAAGGCAAGCAAAUUCUUGAUGAAGAUGAUAGUCUGAUUAUUGGGUAUAAAAGAAGCUUGACUUACAAGCACAAGAAAGACUCCUCUUUGAAUGGCCGCUGGUUGAUGAUGGAGUAUUUCUUGGCUGAGUCUCUUCUUCAGAAGUUGAAAUCUAAAGAAGCAAAAGAGUUUGUAAUCUGUGCGAUUAAGAAGAACCCCAGAUCAGAAAUCAGAGGAAACAGUAUUGCUACUAUUGUAGAGUAUAAGAUGUUCAUUGAUCGUGUCUUGCAAGAAGGGGUUCUUCUCCAAACCUCAGGACCCUCAGAACAGAGUACUAUGAUUUUGUCUGAGAACAGUCCUGUGAUGGUGGAGAGUACCUCGUCUGAUGGUGGAGAGUUCUCUAUGGGACAACUAGUAUCAAAAGAUGGAAUGUUGGUUAUUGUAAACCAGACUGAUUCUGAUGAAUUCUUUGGAAUGGUGAACGUGGAAAAUCAAGAACGCUAUUAUCAGGAAGGUGAUGAGGAGGAAGUUGAUUGGGAUUCUAUAUUGGAUUUUGGGGAUCAUGGUUUAGUGCAGAAUGACUUGCUUUACUAAUUCUGGAAAAUUGAAGCUUGGUAGAUUUUUGAAAAGGGUAUUUUUAUUCUUGAGUUUCUUUGAAAUCCAAGAUAACUUUUUUAAAUUAGGGUACUUUUAACUGGGAUAUCUGUGAAAUCUUAAGAGCAUGAUUCUGACAUUGACUUAUUGGAUAUUUAGAUUAUGUUGGUGUUAGAAUAACAACCAACACAUUUUUUCAUCAUCGAUUUUGUGCAAUGUAGAUGAUGUUGUCAUUUUCUCUGUGACUCUUAGAGUCCAUUCUUAUUGUUUAUAAUGAAAAGUU